GUCAAUGGUGUCAUCUUGUCCAGAAUCCUGUUCUCACAGUGGCCAACCAGUUGCUGGUGUUUUAUGAUAUGAUGGUUGUUGGGUUUUUUAAAAAACACACCUGAUUUUUAAAACACAUUUUAAAAUGAAAUUGAAUAGCCUGUGUUGUGCCUGAAUAUAGAAGCACAAGUGGAUGGCACAACACAUGUUGUGUUUUCCCCUAUACAUUGUGUCUGUAUAAUAAUAGGAUAUGGACAAGGGGACAAGGGGAUGCAAGGAUGUAGCGAAUGCGGGGAAUGAAGCCUCCAUAUACAGAAGCAGCCUACCUGAACUUGGACGCAACAAAGAGAUGUUAUACUUUGAUCUACGUGAAACCAUUAAAACUGUUUCCAACGAGAGUGAAAACACACCUUCAUUAGUAAUGUGGGUUUCAACAGCUUAAUACAUGAAAAAUCAGAUCCUGGACCUGGUGAUUUCCGAGCAGUUCCUGCCUGUCCUUCAGCGGAGAUGGAGAGCUGGGUCAGAGAAUGUGGAGCAGAGUCCAGUUCCCAGAUGGUGGCCUUGACUAAAAGUUUCCUCCUGAGUCAGGCAGAGGAUGCGAGGCAGGCAGAGCAGCAGCUCCAGGAUCUGUUUGCAGAAGUGGCCACAGAUUUCCACGGGGUAGAAAAGCUUCCCUCAGACGCCAGAGAGAUUCCCCUACAUAGACAGUCUGUGCCACAGAGUGACUUAGGUGACACCUCACUGGGUGGAGGGUUACUGCCGGCAGCAGCUCCUUGGGCAUUUUUUCUUCAUGGGGGAGCGGAAGCACCUGUGCAAGCUACAUUUCAGGCUCGAAUUUAUUUUGAGGACGUGGCAAUGUAUUUCACGGCAGAGGAGUGGGCUCUGCUGGAUUCUGACCAGAGAGCCCUGCACAGGGAGGUCAUGGAGGAGAAUUAUCUUCUCGUCGCCUGCCUCGAUGACAGGGUGAUGCUGGCGAGACCCCCUCAGCCGUCCCUUCCUUGUGUUGGAGGGGAAGCCGUUGCUGAGGUAAACGAUCAGGGUCCGUGGUCCUUUGAGGCUGUGUCUGUCCAUUUCACAGAGGAGGAGUGGGCUCUCCUGGAUCCUGACCAGAGAGCUCUUCAUAGGGAUGUCAUGGAAGAGAAUUAUCGCCUCGUCACCUAUCUCAGCAACAAAUGGGAAGCCAGGAAUAAGGGAGACAUAUGCUGGAUGUUGGCAGGAAGGGACACGCAUAGAAAUGAGGAGCAGCUGAGAAAUAAGACUGAAGCAAAUCAGAACAGGUGGAAUAUAUCCUCUGCUACUCAGGGCAGUAGCUACCCUGAAAUUGUGAUCAUAGAAGAAGAAGAAGAAGAAGUACAGGAAAAGGAUAAAUACUGUGUGUGUCAGAAAUUGGAAUGUGAAGCUCAUUGCCAAACCCAUACUGGGGAGAAACCAUAUCAGUGCAGAGAAUGCGGAAAGACAUUCAGUCAGAAGAUGUAUCUUACGACUCAUAAAAGAAUUCAUACAGGGGAGAAGCCAUAUAAGUGCUUGGAAUGUGGAAAGGGCUUCAGCCAGAAGAUACACCUAACUUUCCACCAAAGAAUUCAUACAGGGGAAAAACCAUACCAGUGCUUGGAAUGCGGGAAGAGCUUCAUCAGAAGUUCAAACCUCACUUUGCAUCAAAGAAUCCACACAGGGGAGAAGCCAUAUCAGUGCUUGGAAUGUGGGAAAAGUUUCAUUCGAAGCACAAACCUUACUUUGCACCAGAGAAUCCACACAGGCGAGAAGCCGUAUCAGUGUGUGCAAUGUGGAAAGAGCUUCAGCCAGCGUUGUAGCCUUACUUCUCAUCAGAGAAUCCACACAGGGGAGAAACCGUUUGAGUGUCUGGAAUGUGGAAAGUGUUUCACGCAUAAGAUAAGUUUCACUUAUCAUCAAACAACUCACACAGGGGAGAAGCCAUAUCAGUGCGUGGAGUGCGGGAAGAGCUUCAGUCAACGUUGUACCCUGACUUCCCAUCAGAGAAUCCACAGGGUGGAGAAACCGUAUAAAUGCCUGGAAUGUGGAAAGGGUUUUACGUGGAAGAUUGGUCUCGCUGCUCAUCAAACAACUCAUACAGGGGAGAAACCAUAUCGGUGCUUAGAGUGUGGAAAGAGCUUCAGCCAUAAGGGGAGCCUCACCUAUCAUCAAAGAAUCCACACAGGGGAGAAGCCAUAUCAGUGCAUGGAAUGCGGAAAGAGCUUCAGUCACCGUUGCACCCUAACUUCUCAUCAGAGAAUCCACACAGGAGAGAAACCAUAUCAGUGCCUCGAAUGCGGAAAGAGCUUUAAAGAGAAGAGCAGGCUCACUUUUCACCGAAGGACUCACACAGGGGAGAAGCCAUACAAAUGCUUGGAAUGCGGAAAGGGCUUCACGCAGAAGAUAGGCCUCUCUGCUCACCAAACAGCUCACACAGGGCAGAAACCCUACACCUGCUUGGAAUGCGGAAACGGCUUCACUAGACGAUCAAGCCUUAAUCUGCAUCAGAGAAGUCACAGCGGCGAGAAGCCAUAUCAAUGCCCGGAGUGCGGAAAGAGCUUCACUAGAAGGUCCGGCCUGAACUUGCAUCAAAGAACUCACACAGCGGUGAAAUCAUAUAAGUGCCUGCAGUGCGGAAAGGGCUUCAGUCAGAAGAUUCAUCUCACUUCCCACCAAAGAACUCAUACAGGGGAAAAACCCUAUCAGUGCCCGGAAUGUGGGGAGAGCUUCAGCGAGAAGGCGAACCUCGCUUCCCAUCACCGGACGCACACAGGGGAGAAACCGUAUCAGUGCCCGGAAUGUGGGAAGUGCUUCAGGCUGAGCUCUACCUUGAGUUCCCACCAAAGAAUUCACAGGGUGGAGAAGCCACAUAAGUGCUUGGAAUGCGGGAAAGGUUUCAGCCAGAAGAUUCACCUCACAUCCCACCAGAGAAUUCACACAGGGGAGAAGCCGUACCAGUGCCUGGAAUGUGGGAAAAGCUUCAUUAGAUACUCAAGCCUUACUUCACACCAGAACAUUCACAAAGGGGAGAAACCAUUUCAGUGCCCCGAAUGUGGGAAGAGCUUCAGUCAGAGUUCCACCCUUAGUUCUCAUCAAAGAAUCCACAGAGUGGACAAGCCGUACAAAUGCUUGGAAUGUGGGAAGGGCUUCACUCAGAUAAUCCACCUCACUUCCCACCAGAGGAUUCACACCGGGGAGAAACCGUAUCAAUGUUCAGAAUGCGGGAAGAGCUUCAUUAGAGGUUCAAACCUUAUUUCACAUCAGAAAAUCCACACAGGGGAGAAGCCCUAUCGGUGUUUGGAAUGUGGGAAGAGCUUCAGUCACAAGAUCAACCUCACUUCCCAUCAAAGGAUUCAUACGGGGGAAAGGCCGUAUCAGUGCUCAGAGUGUGGGAAGAGCUUCAGUCAGAAGAGCAACCUUACCUCUCAUCGGAGAAUUCACACACAGGAGAAACCGUACCAAUGCAUGGAAUGUGGAAAGAGCUUCAGCAGUAAGACCAAUCUCGCCCAUCAUCAAAGAAUUCACACCAGUGCUUGGAAUAUGCAAUAACUCUGGAUCAUAUCGGCGAGCCCACAUAUAAGUGUUUUCUCCACUGGAAAUGUCGAUGAGUAAUAUUUAUUUUUGUGAAAGAGUAAGAAAACAGACAUAAACGUACAAAGUACAUAUUGCUGUCAAAUAUCCUGUUGAAGAUAUUCCAUGACCUAGACCAGGCACCCCCAAACUUUGGCCCUCCAGAUGUUUUGGACUACAAUUCCCAUCAUCCCUGACCACUGGUCCUCUUAGCUAGGGAUGAUGGGAGUUGUAGGCCAAAACAUCUGGAGGGCCGCAGUUUGGGGAUGCCUGUCCUAGACAAUCUAAUAACAGAGAAAAAUUAAUCAGGCCCAUUUCUGUGGAAACCCAACUUUCUCCAGCUGAAUUUGAUUCGGCCUUAUCUGUUAAGCAAUCUGAACUCUUGUCAGGAGAUACUGAACUGCCUUAUCUUGACUCACCUAAGCUUCAAAGUUUAUCUCUCAGGGCCCAAUUUAAAGAAAUAAUUGUCUAGUCAAAAAGUGACAGUAUGACCUAGUCGAUAGCUGUAUGUUUAGAAAUGCCAUGACCUUGUGAAAUUAACAUCUUUGAGUGCCAUCUCUGAGUGGCAUGGCCAGAGGCACUUUGUCCAACUGCAUUUAUAUAACAAUAAUCAAAAAGUGACCAGAGUAAAACACCUGCAUGUUUAGAAUAAAACACCUGUAUGCUUAGAUUAUAACCUGCAUGUA